UAUUGUAUUACACUUCCAUGUUUUUCACCUCGGACAGAAACUGUGAUAUAAAAGUACUACGGACCAAAUUGUAACCUUUGAGUGAGUUGCCCCGCGUGGAAAGUUUUAGCUCAACGUCCGCCACGUCGCUACAGCCACCAGAGGCGCUGACCCGGGGGGCAACAUGGCCAACUGCGUGGCUUUCCAGAGCAAGUUAACCUCGAUCAUGGAGAUGCUAGCUAAAACCGCCGUGGUGGAAAUCAGUAAACUGUGGGAAGACGGCUUCACGCUCGUACAAGUCGAGCUUCGCAGGAGGGAGAACGAAAUUGAAGCCCUGAACAGAAAGUUGAUGCUGAUGGAAAGCGAGCGUUUAACUGUCCUGUCUCAGACUACACAUCUGUCUUCAUCGUCUUCCUCAGUGAGAGAGCAACAGAACAAGCUCCUGCCGCCCACCGGUGAUGGGCCGAUAAUAGAUUCAGUCCAGACGUUGUCUUCUGAUCAGAGUGUCAGAGAGAAGGUAGACACCUCACCACCACCACCACAUACGGAGGAGAAACAAUGUGAGCAGCUCAAGCCUGACCACUGUGAAAGUGACGGCAGAGAUGACGACGAUGAAGACUUAAUAGUCAAGCUAGAAGACGAGGACGACGUCCAGAUUGUGGAGCAGAUGGUGGACUCUGAUCACAGUGUUAACGAUGGAGCAGGUCACCACGAGAUGGAUCUGGACCUCCAACCCGUCGACGCUGUGGAAGAACAAGAGAGCCAGCGGUGGUCGUCAGUUUCAGUGGGAGACAGCGACGCUGCUGAUGACUCGGACUGCUUUUUUGAACCGAAGCAGCUGUCACAAAAUCUGGACUCAGAAAUCCUGCUCAUUCAGAACGCUUUGGACAUAUUUGAUAAUACAGCAGAGACAGCGUACUCUGACAGACUUACGAGGGAUAAUGGACAAGGUGCAUCAAGCAAAUCAAGGGCUCCCGUGACUUUUAGCCAAGCUCAGUCAAGUCAGCCUAUAGAAGCAAUAAAUCACCCAGAGAGAGGAGUGUCUAUCAGAUUCCACAAACCCCAAACUAAAAACGUGGCAGCUUUUAACCCCGAGAGCAGAUUCUUUCUUUUAAAUGACCCCGAGUUGCAUAAAACCAUAGCGAAUCGCCGCAUUAAGGAGAAGUGGUUCAUCUGCCCGUUCUGCGGCAAAAGCUUCGAUCGCGUCAGCCAUCUGGAGAUUCACCAGCGAAUUCACACAGGAGAGAAACCGUACACAUGCGACACAUGUGGCAAGUGUUUUUCUCAGAGGAGUAACCUUCGCACUCACCAGCGGACUCAUAAAGAGGCUCUAUCCCAAAAUGCCGUUUGAUUCAAUAGAUUGCGAAGAGAAAAGCUAGAAAUAUCUGUGGCAUCUAUGUCUAAAUUCAUUAACAAAGUCUUUGUAUUUUGAUAUAUUACUAAAAGUAAUGUAGCUGCCUGAUUUUACUGUGUAAUAUUUUUCUUUUUUAGAUAAAUUAUAACUUUGACAUAGCGAGUGUAAGAACUAGUUUUGACACUUGUACUGUUAAACCCAAUCCCGCUGAUAUUGUUGAAUUUUGACUUCUACACGUUAUACAAAAGGACACCAAUUGGUCUUUAAUGUUUGACUGAUUGAUGUGAGUCAGUGUGGAUGAGGAAGGGUCGGAGGGCAAACCUCUGUAUGUACAGUGUGGUCACUGUACACCUUCUCAUAUCCCUUAGCUUUAGCAUUUUUCCACGCUUUGUCAAUUUUCAGGUUCACAGUGGGUUUUCACAAAGCUCUGCAUCUAAAUAGGGGAAAAAAAUAUUGUUUCCCAACUAAUUUUCCUUAAACUGAGGGAAAGACAACCACAGCGCUUAGAGGAUGAUACAGAACUCACACUAGACUGUGGCAGCAUGUAACAGCAAUCAUCAUGCGAUGCCCUGAACUGUGUCGUCUCUGCAAUAAUGCCAAAACAGGGAAUUUGAGGUACAUUUCAUUUAUUAUAAUUGUGAGACUUUGGUAAUCUAUUUCCUUUUAUAAAGGAAAAUCAUAUGUAUGUAAGGCUUAACAAAGACAGAAAAGAAAGCGCACAUUCCUGGUGGUGGUUGAGAAGAGUCCCCCUCCCCCAGAAGCGCUUUGAGAAUCUAUGAUAACGUACUAUAUAAAUGUAAUUCAUUAUUUUUAUUCCUCAUCUUAGCCUUUUAAAAAUUCAACCUUUACAGUUCAGUUAGUUUCUUCCUAACAAGAAAAAGCCCCUUGAAUGUCCUGCAGCUUUCCCAAGCAAUCCCCAGAUGUUCCAUAGCAUGCUGGGAGAUGCAGGUCUUCUUGUAGGUAGUCCUAGGUGUUGUAGCCCAAGAUCUCCUUACCUCAUCUACACCUGGUUUACUUCCACCUGCUCUGUAGUAGAAGGGUCCACUCCGAGUGGUGGAAUAGCAUCUUAAAGGAACAGUUUGACAUUUUUGGGAAAUAUCUAUAUUCACUUUUUCGAGAGUAAGAGGAGUAGAUUGAUAACACUCAUGACUGAAUGGUAAAUAUGAACCUACCACCAGCUUAGCACAAAGAGUGUAAACACGGGUAAACAGCUGGCUUGGCUUUCUUCAAAUCAUACAAAAUCUGCUUACCAGCAACUCUAAAGCUCACCAGUUAAAGUGUUGUAGCUUGUCUGUUUAAAAAUGUACAAAAAUAGUCCAGCAUAUAACAUACUAUACUCCAAAUUAUUUUUUUACACUAAAAAUGGCAUUAAUAAGUGAGCUACUGGUAGGCAUAUUUAGUUUCUACUGGACAGGGUCAGGCUGCUUCCAGUCUUUUAAAGUGGUAUCAAUCUUCUCAUCAUAAUAGAAAGUGAAUAAGCGCAUUUCCCAAAAUGUCAUUCUACUCGUUAACACAGAGGUUCUCUGAGAUGUCCCAACUCAUCACCCUGUCAGAGUGAGACCAGCCACCCUGUGAAAAUCCACUUUUUUCUACUUCAGUCAUUACUGAGCUAAGAGUAGCCGCAAGAACAGGGAUAAACCAGGAAAUCACUACAGUCUAAUACAAACACUACAUGACUGCAGCAGCUGUUUAACCUCAUGUAUGAGCUGAAACACGCUCAACUGUCCCAGGUUAUAAUAAAGAACAUUGACUUUGUUUUCUGAAA